AUGUCGGCCGAGGCAGACAUUUCUCGCGGGUCUCUCCGCAACAUCUUCGACCAAGGGCCCGAGGCCGUCGGCCACCCCAUUCUGCAAUGCGUGCAGAUCAAGCACAUGGACAACAAGGCUGGCGAGGAAAGAUACCGCAUCGUGCUCAGCGACAUGGACAAUUUCAUCCAAAGCAUGCUUGCCCAGCAGAUGAACACCGUCAUCACCAGCGGCCAACUGAAGAAGGGAGUCAUGGUGCGCCUCAAAGGCUUCCACCCCCAGAUCAUCAAGGACCGAAAGAUUCUCGUCGUCAUCGAGCUGGAAGUCCUGCCCGAAUACGGCGAGCUCGAGAAGCUGGGAAGCCCUGUCGCUCUCGAGCCCAACAACCCCGCUCCUAAGAUUGAACCGAAGAAUGAGCAGCCUGCGGAAAUCGGCGGCGGUGCAUUUUACGGCAACAACAUCAACAACGUCAGCAAGCCUGCCAUCAAGCGCGAGCAGCAGUCAACGGCGCUUGUGUCCCGCAACGGCCCCCCUGCAGGCCUCGCCCAACUAUUCCCCAUCGAGGCGCUUUCCCCGUACACGCAUAAAUGGACGAUCAAGGCGCGCUGUGUGCACAAGAGUGAGGUCAAGACGUGGCACAACAAGAACGGCGAGGGAAAGCUGUUUAGUGUUAACCUGCUGGAUGAGAGCGGCGAGAUCAGGGCUACCGGCUUCAAGGAGCAGUGCGACCAGCUGUAUGACCAGUUCAGAGAAGGUGGCGUCUACUACAUCUCGAAUUGCGCCGUCAAGUUGGCAAAGAAGCAGUUUUCAAACGUGAACAACGACUACGAACUCACGUUCCAAAACGACUCGAUCGUCGAGCCCGCCGACGAUCCCGACAGUAUUCCCCAAGUCCGCUACAACUUUACGAGCAUCGGUGAUCUGCAGAGCGUGGAACCCAACACGACUAUUGACACCAUUGGCGUCCUCAAGGAUGUCGGCGAGGUCUCGGAAAUCAUCUCGAAGACUACGAGCAAGCCGUACCAGAAGAGAGAACUGACCAUUGUAGACAACAGCAUGCACUCGGUGCGCCUCACCAUCUGGGGUCCCACCGCCCAGAACUUCGAUGCCUCUCCCGAGUCCAUUGUUGCAUUCAAAGGCGUCAAAGUGUCAGACUUUGGCGGCCGCAGCCUGAGUCUGUUGAGCUCCGGCUCCAUGAACGUCGACCCCGACAUCGAUGAGGCACACAACCUGAAGGGCUGGUACGAUGCGAACGGCCGCACCGACAGCUACAUGUCGCACCAGCAAGCCAAUACCGGCGUCUCCAGGUCCAGGAAGUACAAGACGAUCGCCCAGGUGAACGACGAGCAGAUCGGCAUGUCGGACCAGCCAGAGUACUUCAACCUGAAGGCCACGGUCGUGUACAUCAAGCACGACAACUUUGCCUACCCGGCCUGCGCGAGCCAGGGUUGCAACAAGAAGGUCGUGGAGGUCAAUCCGGACGAAUGGAGGUGCGAGAAGUGCAACGUCACGCACUCGGCGCCCGAGUACCGUUACAUCAUGUCGUGCAACGUCAGCGACCACACGGGGCAGCUGUGGCUCAGCUGCUUCGACGAAUCGGGUAGGACCAUCAUGGGCAUGCCGGCGAACGAGCUGUGGGCGAUGAAGGAAGACGAGGAGAAUCCGGGCAAAGCCGAGCAGGCAUUCCAGAAUGCGACGUGCAAGACGUUGAUCUUCAACGUCAAGGCGAAGAUGGAUACCUUCCAGGACCAGCAGAGAGUCCGCUACCAGGUUACCAGCGUAUCAGAGCUCAACUUCCAGAGGGAGUGCGCGACACUCAUCGAAACGCUCAAGCAGUACCAACUCAACGACGACAGCCUGUUCGUCAACUAG